AUGUGUGAAUUUAUGGAAAACAUAUUCCAAACAGGAGCAGCAGAGAGAGCACCAGAGAUACCCAAGGGGCAAGAGUGUUGGUACAUCCCCAUAUUUGCUGUGGCGCACCCAAAAAAACCUGGCAAGGUUCGUGCUGUGUUUGAUUCUUCAAUAGUUUAUCAGGGGUGUUCACUCAAUGACCCUCUUUUGUCUGGACCCAACUUGACAAACAACUUGCUAGGAAUCUUGUUGCGGUUUCGGAAAGAUUUGUGUGCUAUCGCAGGUGACAUCCAGCAGAUGUUCUACCGUUUCUUUGUGAAUGAGAGAGACAGAGACUACUUGCGGUUUUACUGGUAUGAGAACAACGAUCCACUCCGUCAGAUGAUAGAGUAUCGAAUGACCGUCCAUGUGUUUGGGAACCGGCCUUCCCCCGCAGUGGCAACAUAUGGACUCAGACAAGCGGUACGACAUGCAGAUCUUGACGUUGUCAAUUUUGUACACCAGGAUUUUUAUGUUGAUGAUGCAUUGAUGUCUCGACCUACUCCUGCUGAAGUAAUUGAUUUGAUGAGGCGUACUCAGAAGGUACUGAAUGAUGAGGGUAAAAUUCGGUUGCACAAGAUUGUGUCAAACGUACAAGAUGUGGUAGAUGCAUUCCCUGCAGCUGACUUGGGAAAGGAUGUACAGGAUUUUUCGAUUGGUGAAGAUGAUGAUUUGGUUCAGCACAGCCUUGGAUUGGCCUGGAAUCAGAGAUCUGACUGUUUCAUCUUCCAGAAGCCAGAUGGGGGCGUCUCUUUCACUAGCCGUGGAAUCCUCUCCAGGGUCAACAGUAUCUUUGACCCCAUUGGUUUUCUGUCUCCACUGACAAUCUGUGGAAAGAUGAUUCUUCGUGAGAUGUGUACGAUAAGUUCAAGCUGGGAUGAUCCCUUACCAGAAGAGUACCGAGAGCGAUGGGAGAGUUGGAGUAGGUCACUGGACCAGUUAAGCAGUCUACAGAUUCGCCGAAUGUUUGUUCCACAAUCGCUGAGCAUAGCACCUGACCCACAAGUGCUGAUAUUCUCUGAUGCAUCUGAAGCAGCGAUUGCAGCAGCAGCUUACCUGAAGGUCAAGCACCACAUUGGCUUUAUCAUGGGGAAGUCAAAACUCGCUCCUCUGGCAGGACAUAGUAUUCCUCGUCUGGAACUAUGUGGAGCUGUAUUGGCAACAGAGAUAGGAGAAUGCAGCAACUAG